AGAGAAUACAGCGUGAGAAAUUGAUGCUGAUUUGACUUUGUUCGGUCAUCGUUCAAAUCCUUCAAUUUGUUUUCCCCGUUAUUGUAAGAAGCUGAAUUUUUUUUUUCCAUUCAAAAUUCAACAUGUUGAAGUUGAUUCUGUUUUCGAUUGCUUUAGUGGCCAUGAUUCAUGGUAUAUUUGCUGUUCUUCCACAAGAACAAGAAGCACGAAUUCAUUGUAGAUCAUUAUAUCAAACCGAUCCUGAUGAACAAGGAACAUUUUUUACAAAUUUUCGUUGCAAAGUUCAAUGUAAUUUUACUAAUCAAAUUCGUCAAUGUAAACCUCGACAAGUUCCACCACACCAUCAAGGACCACCAACAUCACCGAAUGUUUUUCCAACUUCUAAUCGUCAAAAUGGCCAAUUGACAAUUCUUUCUACGAAAGCUGAUUUGUCCAUACCAGAAAAGGAUACAUAUUUGAUGAUCUGUGUGCUAAACAAUGUUGCUGAACCUAUUCAUCAUUUACCAUUAGAAGAUAAUUAUUGGAUCAAUCGAUGUUAUAGUUGUUCAAGUGAUAUAGUGCAAGAAACACGUACACCAACUUAUAUCACUCCAUGCCCAAUGUCUGAACGUUAUACAAUCAAUCAAAAUUCAAGAAUAAUUUUUGAAAUAUGGACAUAUGAUUCAACACCGACAUCACGUUCACCUAGUGGAAAACCGGGAAAAUUUAUUGGCGGAACUCAUCUUCGUCUCAAAGAAUUGAUCGAUCGUCGUAAUCUUGGACAUCCAUAUUCAAUGCGUCUGAUUGAUGGUUCAGCCACAGGUACAUUGACCACUGAAAUCGAAUGGUCUUGAUCAAAUUUUUUUUUUAUAGAUAGAAAUAAAUACAAUGAUCGAAAUAAGAAUAAUAAUAAAAAUAAUAAAAAUAUAGUUUUAUUU